AGCUGCUCCUGAAAUUAAGUUUCCGGAUGUAGCAGAACACCAUACACAUACAAAUGGAUAACAAUUAUGAAGAACUUUUGAAGGUUUUAAAGAAUCACUCGAAAAGAAACAGCAAUUUCGUGACAAGAUUAAAGCAAUUAAAACCACACAAGUCAAGUUGGAAACUCUGGCAAUAUAUCCCACUUCUAGGUGUGUCUUCAAAAACAGAGUUCAAACACCUACAGAUAGAAGCAUCACAGUCUGACGCUACAGAAACUGAACUCCAAAAUCAGGAGGAAACGGUUGCUGAAAUAAUUAAGGAUAUCAAGCAAAAACUACAAAUUGUUGAGAAUGAAACAGAGGAGGUGGUGAAAAUGCUAUUUCAGUAUGCCGGUGCAACAUUAGAAAGAGAGGAGGUGAAGCCUACUAUAGUUCAAGUAUACGAACGUGACGGGAAUACAGCUGAUUUUGUGACGUCAUUCAAGGAAAGUCUGCAAAAUAAGUUCAUACCUAUUAUAGUUCAAGAGGUGUCAGAAAUUGACAUUAACAAACCUAUUUUAAUAUUAUGCCAGAGAAGGUCAAGGUUGCUUCCAGAUGUUGAUUACUCGCGGGAACAUUUUAUAGAUUUUGAUGGCGUACGCGUGGCAAUUGUUGUCAUUCAUUGUAAAGAGGAGCACUCAUUGCCAACUACAUCGUCUCAACUUGCAGUAAGUGGAGAGGAGCAGUAUAAGAACGUAUGGUUUAUAGAUGUUGCAUUUACCAAGGAACUGAAAUUUUAUGAAUGCAAGAUGAACACCGAAGCUGUGAUGAAAUUAGAAAACUUUCUAACAAGUGAUAGUCCAGUUUGAAACCAUUUUAAAUAAUCGCUUUCGGAUUACAAGUAGCUUAUUUUUGCCAUCGUCUUCUCAUGAUAAAAAGUAUCUUUAUAUGAAAGCAUCUCUGUAUGUUGAAAAAAACCCUCCUGUAUGUUUUCGUUUGAUAGACAAAAUGUUAACGCACAAGUCAGUAAAAUAUUGUGUCUAUUACAAAAUUUUAUGUUUGAAGGAAAAACAGUAAUGCCGUAAUAAUAUAAUAAUAACAGUACUGUCGUGGAAUAUGUAGAUAAUGUUUGGACGAAGAAUAUUUUUGAGUUCUUAUUUGGUGCAAAAAAAAACAAGUUGAUGCAAGAAUGUUUUAUUUUUUGUUUAAGGCAAUAAUUAUUUAUUUAUUUAUUUAUUUGGGUUUAACGGCGCACCAACACAGUAUAGGUUAUAUGGCGCCAAACAGGACUACAAAUUUUGGUUCCACAUCUCAUUUACAUCGAAAUAAAAACAUGAGGUAUGGAAUCAAAAUUUGCAUAUUGUUUAUGGCAAUGCAAAAUGUGUCCAAAUUUUGUACAUUUUAACUUCACUUGAGCAGUAAGUAUUCGGGGUGAGCUGUUGUUUCCACUCACUGUUCAUCGUACAUCCUCGGUCCGUCCGCCAUCCGCCGACCCGUCCACGCGUCCAUGCACACUUUUCUUCGCAUAACAUCUCCUCUGAACCUAUUUGGAUAAAGAUGAUGAAACUUGUUAAACAUAGGGACCGCCAGACUUAAAAUAGAAAUAUCUUCAAAUAACAUAUCCUCUCAAACCACCGAUUUCAAAAUAAUUUCAUAGAAAUGUUCCUUACUUGGCACUACUAAGACUAUUAAAGUAUUACGAUAUGUAAAAAUG